AUGAAGGCCCUCGUGGCAUUCUUCUCGGCAUCCACUGUGUCCGCUUUCGGAAUUGGUACUCAACAGACCGAGACGCACCCCAAACUGCAGUGGAAGACAUGCACAGGGAAGGGCGGAACUACCUGCUCCAACGUCAGUGGUGAAAUCGUGGUCGACUCCAACUGGCGCUGGCUCCACACUACCAGCGGCACCACCAACUGCUAUACCGGAAACACAUGGGACACGUCCUUGUGCUCCACCAACGCAGCCUGCGAUUCAAACUGUGUUAUGGACGGCGCUGACUACAGCGGUACCUACGGAAUCACCACCGGCACCGAUUCGCUGACCCUGAAGUUCAUUACGAAGGGUCAAUACUCGACCAACAUUGGAUCACGUACCUACUUGCUGCAGGACUCAAGCAACUACCAGAUGUUCAAGCUUCCUGGGAACGAGUUCAGCUUUGAUGUCGAUCUUUCACAAUUGCCCUGCGGUCUCAAUGGCGCGCUAUACUUUGUGUCUAUGCCGCAAAAGGGACAAGGUACCCCUGGUGCGAAGUACGGAACUGGAUACUGCGAUGCUCAAUGUGCUCGCGACUUGAAGUUCGUCGGCGGCGCGGCCAAUGCCGAAGGCUGGGAACCAUCCAGCAACGAUGCAAACGCUGGUGUUGGUCAGAAGGGCGCUUGCUGCGCCGAGAUGGACGUCUGGGAGGCAAACUCCAUCUCCACCGCCGUCACCCCCCACUCCUGCAGCCCCGAAGCCUACUCCGUCUGCACCGACACAAACUGCGGCGGCACAUACUCGGAAGAUCGCUACGCCGGAAACUGCGACGCCAACGGCUGCGACUUCAACCCGUACCGCGUGGGCGUCAAGGAUUUCUACGGCCCCGGUAAGACGGUCAAUACCAACUCUAAGUUCACCGUUGUUACGCAGUUCUUGGGUUCCGGCACGACCAUCUCGGAGAUCAAGCGCUUCUACGUGCAGAGCGGAAAAGUCAUUCAGAAUCCCCAGCCGACGGUUAGCGGUCUUACUGGCAACUCGAUCACCCAGGCGUGGUGCGAUGCCGAGGAGAAGGCGUUUGCGGAGGACAGGUAUCCGUUCAACGAGCACGGCGGUAUGGCCUCCAUGGGCCGCGCCGGCGGCGCAGGCAUGGUCCUCGUCAUGUCUCUCUGGGACGACCACUACGCCAACAUGCUAUGGCUCGACAGCACGUACCCCACCGACGAGUCUGCCAGCACGCCCGGUGCGGCGCGCGGUACCUGCUCAACGUCGUCAGGUGUCCCCGCUGAUGUGGAGGCGAACAGCCCGAAUGCUCAGGUUGUCUUCUCGGCGAUCAAGUUUGGCCCCAUCGGGUCGACCUUUGCGCAGCCUUCUGGCUCGUAG